AUGUCCAUCAUUCGUGACAAGAAGACUUGCCAGGUCGACUACGUCCGCGCGGCAGAUCGCUUGAUGGCUAUCCUAGCAGAAGAGGGCAUUGCCCGUUUACCCUCCGUGAAGCCGCAGGCCAUUGAAACACCUUGCGGGCCAUGUAAUGGGCUGACCGUGCCUGACGGUCACACCAUUUGCGCAGUGGACAUUGUGCGGUCUGGCGGUAUUCUGUUGGAGGCAGUGCGGAAGGUCUUGCCGGACCUGAAGACGGCCAAAAUCUUGAUCCAGCGGGAUGAGGAGACUGCGCUUCCAAAGCUGUACUACUCAAAACUUCCAGAUGGAAUUGAGAAGUUGAAUGUGGUGCUUUGUGACCCUAUGUUGGCUACUGGUGGGUCGGCUUUGACUGCUAUUGAGGCACAAGAUUUGUUUCAUUGUUUCGAGAACAUUCUCUUCAUUAAUGUCGUCUCUUGCCCCGAGGGCUUGAAAGCCUUGGCGCAGAAGGCCCCUGGAGUUCGAAUAUUGACCUGUGCGUUGGAUUCCCAUCUCAACGAGGUGAAAUUCAUUGUGCCUGGUCUUGGUGACUUUGGCUGCUUGGAUGCCCUUGGCAAGAGUACUUUGGAGAUACUGCUCCCAAAGUUGAGAAUUUAUAGUUACAUUUUACUGUAUUGUUAUAAAGUUGCGAUAGCUAUCCAGAUGGCUAUCCUAAUGGCUUGUCUUAUCUUGUUUUGUAGAUGCUGGAGGUGA